GAGAGAGAGAGAGAGAGAUCCCUGACAUCUACACAUCAGUAAACAGGAGAUUCAAGAUACACAAGCAGAGAGAGAGAGACAGAGAGAGAGAGAGAGACAGAGAGAGAGAGACGGUCACAUUUUUCAGGCACCGGAAAACGUGCUGGUUAUUUUAGGACCCGUGAUGCUUAUUGAUGAGUGGGGGGAGCUUUAAACUACUUCCACUCAGGUCGUGUUUUGGUGGUGACUGUACACGCACUCGCAUUGACACUGGGACGCCUGUAAUCUCGAGAAAGCCUCAGUCCACAGUGAUCUCUGUAGGUGCGAGCACACGGAGCUGGUUCAUACUGGGAAUCAUCUAAAUCAUCGAAUAUUUCCUUGUUUUUUAUCAAAACAAUAUCAUUUUUUAUUCUUGCGCGUUUUAUUUGUGCACUCACCCUCAAAUGCCCUGUGCACCCUCGUGCUUCUCUGAGCUUUGGGACACUCUCUCUAUGCCGUGGCAGUUCAUGACUCUUUCACCUGUUUCAACCAAACUCCUCGGUGUCGAACAACAGCAGCAGCAGCAGCAGAUCCAGUCAGUCCAGCUUUAAAACGCCCUCAGUCGAACUGCAAGAAGAACCAAGUGAUCGACUCAGUAUCGAUUCAUCGACAAGGGAAAACAUGGAAAACAGCCCAGGUGGUGGUGUUAUUUUGUACGCCGGCUCCUCUGGCAGUGCCAGCCCGAGUCCUGGCAGCCCUUCAAGUGGAUACCAGACCCAGUCGCCCUCCUCCCACUCACAGCCUUCGUCCCCAGAGGGUAUCUCCUUUCAGGAGAUUGGGGCCCUGAGGCAGCGAGGGGAACGAGGGGGCGGAACUCCUUCCCCGAAAAUGGUCUUCCAGUUUCCCGAAGUAAACAAUGCCCCAGUCGCCCAAGUCACAACGGUGUCAUCGGCGACCUACAACCAUCCCACCGUUGCCAAAAGACCUUGUGGUUUCACUGGCACGUUCAGCAAGACCGGCGGCAUGGUGCUUCUGUGUAAGGUGUGUGGAGACAUCGCAUCAGGGUUCCACUAUGGCGUUCACGCCUGUGAAGGCUGCAAGGGUUUCUUCCGACGCAGCAUUCAGCAGAACAUCCACUACAAGAUGUGUGUGAAGAAUGAAAACUGUCUCAUCAUGCGGAUGAACCGAAACCGGUGCCAACACUGUCGCUUUAAGAAGUGUCUCUCCGUGGGCAUGUCCCGAGAUGCCGUGCGUUUUGGCCGCAUUCCCAAACGGGAGAAGCAGAGGCUACUGGACGAGAUGCAGAGCUACAUGAACAGCCUCAACGAAUCCGCUUCCAUGGAAAUGGAGGUGUCCUCUCCCCCCGACGCCCUCGCCGGUGCCCAGAACCAGACGAACGAGCGCCCCGCGCCGCAGUCUUACCAGAGCGGCUUGGUGAACGGCGACGGGAAGCCGCUCAAGAUGGCGUCCCACAACAACAACAACAACAACAGCGGCGGCGGCAGCGGCACUCCAUCCUCCUCUUUCCGGAACAGUGCGGGGCAGGACGCGGCGAUGACGCACACGUCGACCCAGACGCAGCACGCGCCGCACAGGGAGCAGGUGAACGUGACGUCGAGCUACGGCAGCGCCCCCACAAACUGCCCCGCUGCCCCCACUCACAGUGAACACUCCGCUAAUCCUCAUGUGGAUAACGCCCAGUACACCUACUCCUCCAAUCAGAACCAGUGUCCCGUCAGCGGCAACAUAUCAGCGCAGGCCUACUCGUCCAAUCACAACGGUUUCCCAGCCAGUGAGUCCCAGAACCAAAACUCCUGCCCCUGGAAGCUGAAUGGUGGCGCCAAAGUGCUGGCAUGUCCACUCAACUCCUGUCCUGUGGCUCCAGCCAGCCGCUCCAGUCAGGAGGUGUGGGAGUCUUUCUCCCAGUGCUUCACUCCUGCUGUUAAAGAAGUGGUGGAGUUUGCAAAGAGCAUCCCAGGCUUCCAGACCCUCAGCCAGCAUGAUCAGGUCAUGCUGCUCAAAUCCGGCACUUUUCAGGUUCUGAUGGUGAGGUUUUGCUCCUUGUUUGAUGCCAAGGAGAGGACGGUGACCUUCCUGAACGGGCAGACGUACUCGCUGGCGUCGCUGAGGGCUCUCGGCAUGGGCUCUUUACUGGACGCCAUGUUUGAUUUCAGCGAGAAGCUGGGAUCUUUGGGUCUGGAGCCGGAUGAGAUGGCUCUCUUCAUGGCCGUCGUGCUCGUGUCAGCCGAUCGCUCCGGUGUUGUGGACGUGGGAGCGGUGGAGCUGCUGCAGGAGAACCUGAUCAAAGCUCUGCGGUCUCUCAUCACCAGUCGCCGCCCCGACGACAGCACCCUCUUCCCAAAGUUGCUGCUCCGUCUGCCAGACCUGCGCACCCUGAACAACCAGCACUCUGACAAGCUUCUAGCUUUCCGCAUCGAUCCCUGAGGUCAGACGGCGGACUGAGGUGUCUGCUUUGGGGAAACCAGGCCGAUCACAUACAGAACUCUGGCCUCUGCGUGAUGGACAAGAUGUGGGAGCUGUUCCGUGCCCACCUGCUGUGAGAAAGUGUACUCUGUAAAGGACGGACGCACAGCAGGAAGCAGAAGCUCCUGAACUCGAAACUGACCUUCUCUCCAGUUGCUUCCAGGAUAGCAAAAAAACAAACAAAAAUAAAAAUAAAUAAACAUAGCCGGUGUUCUUCCUUGGGUUCCACGGGCCAACGUCAAACCUCCGAGUCACUUAGCUUUCACUCCUGCAGUUUAUCUUCUGAAGACCAAAGUGAAAGAGGGCUUCUCUGUUCCUCCCUCUUAUCCAAGAAGGAAACACACAGGCUCCUCUUUCCCUGGAAGAGAAGUGGACACAAACACUCAUUCAUACUGUACAUUCAUGCUCUUACAUUACUCUAUGAUGAUAUAGCAAUAGAAAUACCCGUCACAUUUGGGAGAACACGUUGUGUUUGCCUCGUUGGAACCACCCUAAGCUAUUUUGACAGCAUGUUACCAGUGAGGGAAAUCUUUAUGGAAAUCAUCUCAUCUGUGAAUGAGAAAUAAGACUUUUUCUUUUUUUAUUUGCUUCUUCCGGAAAUGAUUGGUGUGUGUAUUGCGGUAAUCAGGGGAGAAGUUUCCGGUCAUUUCAGACCGUGUCUGAUGGGUAAACUGAUGGGUGUGUGUGUGUGUGUGUGUGUGUGUGUGUGUGUAAAAGUGUUCGCUUGUAAAUUUUUGUACAUAACCUUUUUCGCUCCCGGUUCGUACCCACGCUAGUGUGCAGAUCCUGGAAUAUGUAAAUGAAGCUAGUAUUGAAAUUAUUGUACGACGUCACAUCAUAGAUGGCUGUAUAGACUGCAGAGGAAGCAGCAUUUGAACCAUGUGUUCCAAGUAUAAACUUUUUUUUUUGAAAAAAAAUCUAUCUCUAUAUAUAUAUAUAUAUGAAUAUAAAUAAAAAUAUAAAUAAAAUUAAAAUAAAUGUAUUGUUGACUGACUGCAUUACCCUGUGAAUAUUUUGUAAAUGUUUUAUGGUCACACCAUAGAGUACCAUUAUUAAAUAAUGUUCUAUAGCA